UGAGAGACAAAAACUCUCUCAAAGAAAGGGACCAGUGGCAGUGUCAAGCUCACUGACGCUUUAGACCUUACACUGUGUGAGAGACAGAAAGGAGAGUUGGGUUGUUGCUGGUUGAUUUGAGCGGUUGUGUGCCACUGAAUGGUGAUACAGGUAACUGAGGUCUCUGUUCAACAACACUGGCUUACUGGCCAAUACCUGUAUCUCAUUGGAUUGUCAGUUGUGAGUACGGUUUCCUACGGCAGGUCGGCUGGGAUGCCAAUAAACCACUAUUAGUAUUAGGAUAGGUGAGUGCUCUGUCCACUCAUUCACUAGCUGGUCUAACUCAGUAACUGUGAUGUUUUCAACCGAUCACGGUCAAUACUGGUAGAUAGGGACUGGCGCUACGCGUCCUCGCUUAGCUGAGCAAUGCUUGGUGCCAAGCAGCAACGCAACGUCGAGAUAUUGCCGCCUCUCACUCCAGUCAAUCGGCAAGGCCUCGCUGUCGGCCAUGGUGUGGCAUUUGAGGCAACAGCAACAGCUCCGACGCAGCCAGACUUCUCAUCUAUUCGCUCGCCGCCUGCCAAAGGCGUUCAGUCGAGCAAGCCGACACCGCCAAACACCGUGUCUCCAACCAAGAAGAAACACCCGCCUAUGUCACGUUCGAUCAGAGUGGACAAGAGUGCUGAUCGGGAAAUCAUCGACGGUAUUCGGUCCGAUUUGCGAGCUACGUUCUCGUUUUUGCUGCAGAACGGUCCGCCGGCAACGCGGGGUCAAAGUUCAGCAUGUGACCGCGAUGGCCCGCCAGCUGUAGGGACAGAGGUGUAUGCGGCAGCACCGGUCAUGGUAGUCGAAGUAGACCAAAUGCUGGAAGGAACUUCGCUGGAAACCCGCUCUUCGGACAAGCAGUCUGCUCAUUUGAUGAGCUCUGCAUCGGCUCCUGAUGUCGGCCAGGUUGAAGCUGCAGAAGAGAGAGCCAAGAGAGUCGAGUUUGCGGAAAUGUAUGAUGAGCAGGAGGGUGCGGGUGGGGAUAGGUUUCACACGUCCACACCCGUUCCGCCGGGUGCAGAAAUGCCAGGCCAAGACGACUACGUCACGACACCUGGCUAUCAGCAGUCGAGCACGCAAAGAAGUAGCAAAAACAGAACUUUCGCGAAGAGCAAGAAAUCCCGUUCAAGACAGUCGCCGUCGAAGCGGCUACCCUCGCAGCCGCCUCCGACUAACGUGUCAUUUUCGUCUCCUAGCGAUCAGUACGGCUAUGAGCUGCCUCCGCUGAGACACAACAUACCGCCGCAUCUCUCGCGCAGGCAAACACCGAGGUCUCAGGCGACCCAUCACGGGACUCGCGCAACGAGAACUCCGUUCUCACCCUAUACAUCCACACAACUACGGCAAGCCAGUCAGCAAGCAAGAUUGGAGGAGAGACGGAAUGCACAGCCAGAGUACGUGAGCAUUGUCGGCAAGGUGUCCUUCGGGGAGAAGCACACAACAGUGGAGAAACGUGACGGUCUACUUUGGGUUCCGUGUGAGAGAUGCCAACACAAAGCGGGACGUUGCAGUUCUUGCACUGUGAUACGCGUUGGUGGAGGCUACGUCAUACUGGAAGCUGGAGAUCUAACGGACCGGCAGAAGGCAUACCUAUGCGAGAACCAUCAAGACCUCACCAGUGAUAGUGGUGAGCUGAAGCUUCGCAGUCGGCCUGGCACCGGAUUCCGUGCUGGAUGGAAGAUCUCCACUACGUCCGACAAGGAAGAGGACGAGAUGAAUGGACGAACGUCGUCGCGGCGAGGUGCCGACGAAACAAUUCCCGAAGACGGGGAUGGACUUGACGAAGAUGAUGGUGGUGAUGCAGAAGACGAUGGCAGUGGUGGUGAUGGGAAUGCGGAGCGCUUGAAAAGCGCCCGGCUUGCGGCAUCUCGGCAGAAAUCAGCUGUGCAAUCUGGUGGCGGAGGUGGUGAUGAGAAAGGAACUGGACGUUCCACAGUGUCAACUGGACAGAACCGACCGCCCAGUGCAAGGCAAAGCACUGCAGACACGCGCAAGGCAAGAGUGCCGUCAGCCAGAGGCGGUGCAGGAGGUGGCAAAGGCUCACCGCGACCAUCCGUCAAAGUGAACCGAGCGGAGCGUGACGAUGGGCCGAAAGGAUCCGGUGGCGACGGGAACGAAGGAGAUGAUGGCAAAGAUGGCCAGUCAUCUGGCCAAGGCAACACUUUGAGACCACCGUCAGCCAAGGAUGGAAGGGGCCCUCGCACACUCCGUCAGAGACACAAGCUCGACAACGAUGGGGGCGGUGGUUUUCACAGCGCCCGUGGAGGUCGCAGCAAAUCUCCCUCGACCGAUGGCAAUAACCUCGACCCCAAUAGUCCCAGGAGCAACAGCCAGAUGCAGAGCAGGAUGAAGAGUGCACCGCCAACACCCAGAGCUGAAGAUACAUUGCGCAAAAAGAAGAAAGCAGGUCUUGGAAGUGAUGCCCUGGAAGAAUCAGAUGAGGAGUAUGAUGACGAAGGAGAAUUUGACCCAACAUCUCGACAUAAGCUACGCAAGUUCAAGUACGAGCGAAAACCCAAAGACAGUAUGGGAGCUAAGGAGUGCGACUGGCGAGAUCUGAAAGGAAUUGACCCGCUGGAUUAUCUUGCAAAGUACUGCAUUGUUGAUCAAGAGAGAAUUCCAACCUAUGAGCGCAUCUACAACAAUGUGGAUCUGGACGAGGACGAUGAGAUAGAUCUGGAACAAUUGGAUUUUGCCCUGAAAGCAGUCAAUAACCAGCUGAUCUCUGAUCCGGAGAUGGACUUUGUUUUCCAUGUGCUGGAGUUAGCUCAUCGACCAAAGCUUGACUUCAAGUUGUACUGUUUGGUAGCAGCACUAUCUGAAAGAGUUGUUAUGUUGGACGAUAUGGUCAAGAAACUGGUGAACAAGAUGGACUUUGAAGCAUUGGAGGUCAAAAUGAAGAAAGUUAAGGAGCUCUUCUAUCUUCUAGCUGACAUGGAGCACCGGGGUGGAGUGGUCACGACUGGAAACCUGGCCAUAGAGCUCACUGCUGGUGGAUUGACACCGGAGCAUGUCAGCCUGGUGACUAAUCACUUGAAUCGGGAGAAGAAAGGACUGGUGGAGUUCUUGGAUUACUUGACCUAUGUACCACUGUUCCUGGAGAUCCACGGGUCGAUUGUCAGCAACCCGCUUGAUCAGAACCGUGACAAAUAGACUCAAUUCUCCCGGGCCAAGACUGGGCUUGAUGGCACGCAAGUGGCAAUGUGCUGUUGCUGCAGGCUCUGUCUGAAAAGGAACUUCGCCAAUCCCUGCAUGCACUUACUUCAAAGUACUAGAACUUGAAGUAGAAGAAAUCACAUCUACGAUGCAGGCUUGAUAGAAAAUAGCAUAGCUUCUUUUUUCAUUUUCUUUUGCAACAUCAUUAUCAGAUAACACCAUCAUGAUUGUAAUUUUGUAAUUUUGUAACUUUAUAGUGCUUUAGACAAUAGUACUUCAUAUACUACCAUAAUUCUUUGAGAAAGAGAACAUGCCUUGUUCUGCAAGGCACUGUAUUAUGUUCCGCGUAUUCUUUACAAGUUGAUCCUGAUCGCUGACUUCA